CAAAUAUUUAUCAUAGAUCAAACUUAAACAAUUACUUCGUAUAAAGUAUAUAAAGAUCAAAUUUAUUGAAUCAGAUCGCAUCAAAUUAAAUUUUUUUACUCCAAUUAAAAACACUAACAAAGUUUGGGGAAUUGAAAUUGAUUGAGUGAAUAAUGAGUGGGGUACUUUUUUUCUCCCAUAUACGACUACGGAGUAUCACAAAGUCACAGACUUGAACAGCUACAGUAUACUUUCCUCUUUUGACCCACCCACCAGAUCUUUCUUUCCUCGCACUUCGUGCCAGAGACUUCACUGGAGAGAGGUGCUGACUCCUGAGCUCAAAUUUCCCGGGCUACUUCGCUUCACUUUUCUUCCCUAAGGGCAGUCACUUUAUAUCUUAAUAUGAAGCAUAGUUCAAGGCAUCGACGCCAGGCCGAGGUGAACAUCCUCUCUCUAUAUCUCGUGUUUUCAAUGAUUCUUUUCCUUUCCCCAAAGAACUUGCUUUUAGUUUGCAUUUCUUUGUUGCACCGAUUGCAGAGAAGUUGGGCUGAAGUAUUGCGUUUCGGCAGUACCUGCAUACAGCUUUUCUGGCCGCGCGUGGUGGUGCGGAAGCUGCUCAACAUCAGCGGCAAAGGUUCCGAUUAUAGCGCCGAUGCCGAAUCAGAUUCCGACUCCGAUGCCGAUCAAGGUUUGCUUACAUUUUUUGUUGAGUUCACUCGAUUCCUAACCGAUGGAGUGAUUGGUCCCUGCUACACAUUCAAUUCUCCCUGGCUUUGUAGAUGCCUGUAAGUUGCCAGGGGAGUCGCAGCUUAAGGAUGCUAUAGAAGGCGAUGUUGAAAUUGACGGGAAUGAAACUGUUAUCAGGAUAAGAAGACGAAAGUCUGAGACUUUUAGGGCACAAUAUAUAAACAAAAAGGAAAUUAGAGUAUGCACUGGGACAUGGAAUGUAGGAGGAAAAGUUCCUCCUGAUGAUCUUGAUCUUGAUGGUUGGUUAGAUAUUGACAAGCCUGCUGAUAUUUAUGUGCUUGGAUUUCAGGAAGUCAUACCAUUAAAUGCUGGUAAUAUAUUUGGGGCUGAAGAUAGCACCCCUAUUCUAAAAUGGGAGAACAUUAUUCGAGAAACUCUCAAUAAAGCCCCCCCUGUGAAGAAGUUCAAAUCUCGCAGUGACCCCCCUUCUCCAUCAAGGUUUAAUCCAUCUGAAAGUUUUUCUGAUAUUGAAGAGGAAAUUGCACCCAAGUUUGAUAGUGAUGGCGAGGAGGAAUUUGUUCCUUUAGUUGAAGAAUUUAAUGACUUUGUUGAUGCCAGUGACUUAACUAUGUCAGGGUAUGAUCCUAUUGUCAGUGCUGAUGUAACCGGAUCUAGUCGUAUUUGUGAGGUUACCAUGCCAGUCAGAGCAGGGGUUGAGAGAAUAUUUUCCAUCUCAAAGAAGUUGGAUAGGUUGGAAUCAUUGGAUAACUUAAAACAUGACGACUCUGAAGAAAAUCUAGAAGAAAAUAAAAUUUAUUAUGACAAGAAGUUAACAGAAACCCUUACUGGAGUACAGAAGAUUGGCCUGAGUUGGCCAGAGCCACCAUUAAAUUUUCUACCUCAAUGUGCUUUUGAGAGACCUGUUUCCCAUAAAGCUACUAAAUCACUUAGAGCUCUUAUGUCUUUGGGAGUGUACAGUUCUAUCAAAUCAAACACACAUGGUCAAAAUAGAAUGCAACCUGAUGUGGCUUUACUCGCAAAACUGGACCUCGAGUCUUUAAUGAAGCUGAAAAGAAGGCCACCAUAUGUGAGGAUAGUAAGCAAGCAACUGGUUGGUAUUUUCUUAACUAUUUGGGUCCAUAGGAGUUUGCGGAAACACAUACAGAAUCUGAAUGUUUCUACAGUUGGUGUAGGCGCAAUGGGCUAUAUAGGGAUCAAUAUCAGUUAGCAUGUCUCUAUACCAGACUCUCUUCUGUUUCAUUUGUACUCACUUACCAUCAGGUGAUAAAGAUGGGGAUGCAGCUAAAAGAUGUGCUGAUGUGUACGAAAUCCAUCGAAGGGCACAUUUCAAUACAUAUUCUGGUGUUGGUCUUCCUAAAAGUAUAAAUGACCACGAGUAAGUAUGUUGCACAUUUAUUUUGAUGCUUCUCCAUAAGUAUAUAACCAUCCUUCUCUCAUAUCUCUGUAAGUUCUUAAACUUUUGGAUAUUGUGUUACAGUAGCACAAUAUACUCCACAUUCCCUAAAUGUUCAAGAAAUGGUUCCCAUGAGGAAUGAUCUAUAUCUUCAAAUAUUGAAGUUAGAAUGCUAAUUUUUCUCAACUUUACUUAAACAAAACAAUAGUAUGAGAGUUAAUGAUAACAUUAAAUAAACUAGAGUAGCUAGAAUGUUAAAAUAUUUUCCAUCAUUUGCAAUGGAGCCAAAAACUCACUAUUUUUUGGCAUGGAAAUAUGAUGGAAUAAAGCAAACUGGCUCACUAAACUGUCCGUGCUUCUUUUUUUAUGAAGCAACAGUCGGUCCAUGCAAUUUUCGACGCGAUUUUCACCAUGGAUCAUCCGGAAACAGUCUCUUUGUGCUUUAGUAUAGGGGUAAGAUUGCGUACAUCCGACCCCCCUUACCCCACCGUAGGUGGGAGCCUUUGCGGCACUGGGUUAAUGAUAAUGGAUGGAGCUAGAAUGAUAAAAUAUUUAUUGGAAGAUCUUGGAAAAGCACAAAAAUAAAAGACAUCCUCGAUUGAUCUUGAAUUUUCUACAGGAUGUUUUGUUUCUGCUGUUAACUCCGCCUGAGGAAGAGUCAAAAUGGAUUUUUCCUCUAAGCUUUGGACGAAUUCUUAAUUUAUGGAUGUCAAACUUAGGGGUCGUUUACUUUUUUUUUUCAUUAAGUUCUGAACGGAUUAAGACGUCUGUCUGUAUUAAGAUGUCUGUCUGGAUUAAGUGACACUGAGAUAACAAACUGUUUACCAUGUGUGCUGAAUGAAAAUUCUGAAUCAUAUCAAAUGACUAAAUAACCCUCCUAUCUGUAACAAAUUUCGAAUAUAUAUUGUUUGUUUAUUUUACUUGUUCUGAAAGAUAAAAUUUAUGUGUCUGAAAAUAAGACAAGGAAAUAAUAACAGUCUUGCAAGAAAAAGACAUGUGGGCAUGUGGUCACCGUGUAAUGUCCACUUAGGACAUAUCACAAUUUCUUUAGUAAAACAGUUCGUAAUAAUAAUAGAAUAGAAAACAAAUAUCGAAUUUUAAGCUAUACAAUCAAAAUACAGCAGAUAUUAGUAAGUGGAAUUGUUGUCAUCAGAAUCAAUCUCAUAAGCUCGUCGUGCUCUGCUUUAGCCAAAAAAAGGAAUGAAGAUGGGUGUUUUGUAAAUGGUCAGCGAGUAGAUUGCUUGGGAUUUUGCUUCUGGUUCAAAUUCAACGGAGCAGAGCAUAUAACAAGGAGAAUAAUCUGGCUGGGGGAUUUAAAUUAUCGUAUCAAUUUAUCAUAUGAGAAAACACUUGAGUUAAUAUCCAAAAAGGACUGGCCGAAGCUAAUCGAGAGUGACGAGCUAAUCAGAGAGCUGAAGAAAGGACGUGCUUUCGACGGAUGGUCUGAAGGUAUUUUAAAUUUUCCACCGACAUACAAAUAUGAAAUGAACUCCGACAAGUACCACGGAGAGGAUCCAAAACCUGGGAGGCGUACUCCAGCAUGGUGUGACCGUAUUCUUUCAUCUGGGAAGGGAAUGCGCCUCCUGAGCUACAGGAGGUGCGAAAUAAGACUGUCAGACCACAGGCCGGUGACAGCAACUUAUGUGGUAGAGGUCGAGGUUUUCUCAUCCAGGAAAUUGCAACGAGCCCUCACUUACACUGAUGCAGAGCUUCAAAACGAGGAAGUAGUAAUGGAUGUUGGAAUUGAGAACAUAAUGAGCUGAUUGAUAUCAUAAAAGAAAUUAUUGUCAGCAUUCUUUAUCCCAAUUGUAUUGGUUCUGACUUGAAGCAGUCUUGAUUUGGUUUGGUGAGGAAGGGAUGCUUUGUCAUGGGAGAGCCGGAGAGGAUGACUAUAGGGAAAAGAUAUCAGAAACUUGAGGGACGACAUGCUAUAGACGGGUUAAUGCUGCAUUUGCUAUUAUGGUAUAGGUUUUCUCUUUGUUGUGCAUUAUUUUUCUGAGCUCGAUCACAAUACAUGGUUUGAUUCAACAAUGGCAUUACUUACUAACAUAACCGUCCAUCAUGAUCACC